AUGAUUUCUCCUAAGGGAUAACCACUGAGCAGGACGAGUCACCAAGCCGAUCCUUUGCUGAUAAACCAGCUGCCAAGUCUCCAGUGCUAUACAAAAGAGCUUUUCUCUUCCCAGCAGGUUUUUCUGCCGUGAAUGACAGAGGAAGGGGGGAAAGUGAGCUGCCUGGCACUCCCUGUGAGCAGCAGGCUUCAGGGGCAUCCUCCCUCCCACUGUGCUGGCAGACCAUGGAGCUUUUCAGGCUGAGUCUGGGCUGUAUUUGCCUUCUUCCUUGGCUUGAGGUAGCAGAGGGACAAGGCUUCCUCAUAAGGAACACCCGUCGGGAAAAGUGCAUUUGCAUCUCCCACCAUGAGACCAACGGCAUCAGCCUGGCUGACUGCAAGGCACACUCCCGGAAGCAACAGUGGAGCUGGGACCCUGCCACCAAGACCAUUGUCAGCAUUCAAACUAAGCAGUGCUUGUCAGUCCACAACAUGCAGGAGUAUGCUUUGGUCAAGCUGGAGCCUUGUGGGGACUGGGAACACCAAGUGUGGUCCUGCAGCAAGAAAGGACACUUGACUCUGCAGAGCUUGGGUUUCCACCUCAGCACCAAGGAAGAAGGCCACAGCAUCUUCGCCUCAAGGGAGAAGAAUAAAUUCAGUAGGUGGAAGACUUUAGCAGAUGAAACCGUCUGUGCUGAUGCCCAGACACGAGCCCCGAUGCCCAGCAAACCAACACAACAGGCUGUAGACACACGUGUUUGGAUCUAUGAAACAAAAACCAUUGAUUCAUCAAAGAGUCAUGCCAUGGACAAAGAGUCUUCUGUGAGCUUGACUGAUCCACCUUUGGCUAACAAAAUUAUCAGCACGGUAUCUCCAGUGAAGACCAAACAGGCAUACCCGCCAGCAAAUGAGGGUGAGCACUUUUCUUUCCUGAAUGCAUAG